UGGUGGGGUAGAACCGCGAAGCGAUGUUGGCAUCGUGGAGCAACAGUAAGGAGGUGGGUCGCGGAGCGUCUUCCGGCGGAAACUGGAGCUUCUCCCUUCGGCUGUGUUUCUCCCCUUCCAAACCCUAAUCACUUGCCAUUCCGUCUCUCUCUGGGCACCGCCCUGUCCGCGGCUCGCCCGGGGCCUUUCCGUUUGCGGCUCGCCUGGGCCCUUUCCGUCCACGCCGCUGUCGCCAUCGAGAAGGAGACCCCGGAGAACGAGCGACCGGAGAGCUUCCUCCGGGCCGCCGAUGAUCCCUCCUCCUCGGUCUUCGCUACCCCACCCUCUGUCCGGGCCCGCUUUGAGAGGAUGAUCUGGGAGGCACAGGACGAGGUCUACACCGCCAUUGAGGCGGCCGACGGCGGAGGGAGGUUCAAGGAGGACUUGUGGUCGAGGUCGGGAGUAGGCAGUGGCAUCCGCCGGUUGCUGCAGGAUGGUGGGGUUUGGGAGAAGGCUGGGGUUAAUGUGUCGGUGGUGUAUGGUGUCAUGCCUCCGGAGGC